UCUACCUGGAACCCUCCGGGGCGCCGGACUCGUCCUGUGCGCCCCUCGCCAUGCGUGUCGGGGCUCUUCGACUCUCCAGAUCAGUUCCAGAGCCGUGACCACCGGAUCCCAGGUCCGGAGACCUCUCGUUGAAAUAGUUGGGUGGCCAGGACAGGGGUCUCCACGUCGGGGACGCGGCGGGGACCUGCGGAGUUGGCGUCCGAGCGCGUAGAGCGGGGCCACCCGCGCCGCUCCACCAUUACCUCCCCGGGCGGCAAGGAGGAGCUGGUGGCGGUCGCCUCCCGGCUGUGGCAGCGGCGGCGGCGCGCCUGCUUGGCGGCCGUCGGCGUGCUCCUAGCCAUGGCACUGGGGCUGCUGAUCGCGGUGCCCCUGCUGCUGCAGGCGGCUCCCCCCGGCGCUGCUCACUACGAGAUGCUGGGCACCUGCCGCAUGAUUUGUGACCCGUACAGCGUCGCUCCCGCAGGGGGACCCGCGGGAGCCAAGGCUCCACCGCCAGGACCCAGCACCGCUGCCCUGGAAGUUAUGCAGGACCUCAGCGCCAACCCCCCGCCUCCCUUUAUCCAGGGACCAAAGGGUGAUCCAGGGAGACCAGGCAAGCCGGGGCCUCGGGGUCCCCCUGGAGAACCGGGGCCGCCUGGGCCCAGGGGUCCCCCAGGGGAGAAGGGAGACUCGGGGAGGCCAGGGCUACCAGGACUGCAGUUGACAACCAGCGCGGCUGGUGGCGUUGGAGUGGUGGGUGGCGGAACCGGGGGCGGUGGCGACACGGAGGGCGAAGUGACCAGUGCGCUGAGCGCAGCCUUCACCGGUCCCAAGAUCGCCUUCUAUGUGGGACUCAAGAGCCCCCAUGAAGGCUACGAGGUGCUCAAGUUCGACGACGUGGUCACCAAUCUUGGCAAUCACUACGACCCCACCACCGGCAAGUUCAGCUGCCAGGUACGAGGCAUCUACUUCUUCACUUACCACAUCCUCAUGCGUGGCGGCGACGGAACCAGCAUGUGGGCGGAUCUCUGCAAAAACGGGCAGGUGCGUGCCAGCGCCAUAGCCCAAGAUGCCGACCAGAAUUACGACUACGCCAGCAACAGUGUGGUAUUGCACCUGGAUUCAGGCGAUGAAGUCUAUGUGAAGUUGGAUGGCGGGAAGGCUCACGGGGGCAACAACAACAAGUACAGCACAUUCUCGGGCUUUCUCCUGUAUCCGGAUUAGGGGUGCAGAGAGCGCGAGACCGGGUGGCUUCAUGCCGCCCCAUCCCCACAGGGUUCUCGUGGCUCUUUGGUGAAUGUCACUCUGCG